AUGCAAUGCCUCACUACAAGAUAUGACAGCCAUGUCAUGCUGCUGAGAAGUUAUCCGCACACGCCAAACAGCUUUUUCGGUAUACGCGAACUACUUCAACACUACACCGGGUCUUGUUGGCAAGACAAUUCAGCGAAUUCCAGGCCGCUUUGCACACCAAGAUUCUACAGAAAUGGCAUGGACUUGCAUGCGGAGUCGAUUAUUGUAGAGAAGCAACUGGGCUCCUACCCCGUCGCCAGGGCGAUUUGGGCUCUCGUUAUCGCCGCACGUGCUUGGUUGGUACCAGUUUGCAGCAAACCGAUCCAUGUCCUUCGUUGCUGGUCUGAUGCUCUCCUUUCAUUUCCCUGGAAGACUACAUUAAGGUCAAGGUCAGUCAUACCAUCCUUCAUCAUCUCACCCCCGAGAGCAGCUCGGCCGCUGCAACUGAGUAUGCGCGCGGAAUUGCAUCAUCAACGUACUCUUGCAACAUGGUGUUGGGAGCGCCAAUAUACUCACUGA